AUGUCAAAAGUCCCUAAAUUUCAAAGCCGCCUCACACAAUUGUAUCAAAAUUUCAAAAUGGCCAUCGAAGCUCUUGAUGACAACCUUAUCGCGCAAUUACGCAGCAGUUCUUCAAUUAAUAGUGUCACCCAGUGUGUGACAGAACUAGUCCUGAAUUCCCUAGACGCCAAAUCUUCGUCCAUCGCAGUCAGAGUCAAUCUUUCCACCUUUCGCAUUCAAGUCGUAGAUAACGGAAGAGGCAUUUCACGCUCGAAUUUGGAGUCAGUGGGCAUCCGUUACAUGACCACCAAGUGCCACACUCUGGAAGAUUUGAAAAAGCACCUAAAGUACUACGGCUUCAAAGGCGAAGCUUUAGCCAACAUUGCGAAAAUUUCACAUCGCGUGACUGUAACAACAAGGCAACAAAGCAGCGACGAAACGUGCGAAAAAACUAUCGAGAAAGACGAUCACAGAGUCGAUUUGGCGAAAAUCCGAGCGAGUUUUGGUACCACCGUUACAGUUGAAGGUUUUCUGAAUAAUUUACCGGUAAGGCAGCAGUGUGUUAAAACUAACGAAUUAGAAAACAUUAAACGGAAUAUAGAGAGUCUUAUCAUAAUCCAUCCGCGCGUAUCUUUCACUCUGCGUAACGACGUCGGCGCCAAAUUACUCCUUUCUAGCGUAAAAUGCCCAGACAUUGCUAGUUCCUUCAAAACGAUACACCCGGAAGUGAACGAAAACGACUUCGCGCUACUUAAAGUAAGCAAAAACAAAAUCAGCGUUGAAGGUUUUAUCCACAAGGAGUGUUGCGACACCAAGCGAUUACAAUACAUCUACGUGAACAAAAGACCCAUCACUUGUCCCAAAAUUCAAAAUUUGAUUAACACUCUUUUCAAGAAGUGUAACAAAAGCGAGAAAAAGAAAAAUCCGAUUUUUGUUAUCCACAUCAAGUGUCCGUAUUCGGACGUCGAUGUUAAUUUAGAACCUACGAAAACCGUUGUCUUUUUUAAAAAGUUCGAUACUGUGAAGCGGUGUAUUGAAAAAUUGGUUAAUACGUAUCUGGGUGCGGAAAAUAUACAGUGUGUCAAACACAAAACGAAACCCAAGGACGAUAAUAGCGAGUUUGGGGUUUCACAGAUAGGGGGCGUGGUUAGAGGCUUUGGUGUUAAGAGAAAAAGUGACGAGUUGGACGACGUCGUGUCAGUUAAAUCGGCCAGAAUUAUAGACGAUACACCUUUUAUGGAAGAACCGAAGAUACCGUCGAGGCAGACCAUGAUGGCACUACCUAUAGAAAUCAGAAAGAGUGACAAGAAAGAAGUGUGUGAGACAGAGAGCGUUGCUAAUAAUAGUUUGUUUACCAAUUUUCCUGAAAAUGAAAAAAAAGGGAAAGGUGUUAUUAUGGAUAUGUUUAUAUUGUCGUUGAAGGCAUUUCCGGCGGAACAAGAUAAUGUCGAAAAACACGGUCCUGUAGAGGUUUCCAGUACAAUUGAAGCUACUAAUAAAGUUUCGUCCGGUGUUCAGACGUCCUUUAAUGAGGUGCGGCAAACAGAAAUGGUUUCUGUGGGUGUACAAACCAACUACACUAUGUUGGAGCCUGUCAUAGACGCUGACUUUACGUUUUUCCCUAGAAAACCCCUCACAAAAUUUAUAUCCGACUACGAUUUUGAUUUUUCUCAAGUCGAUGUUUUCUCUGUGGACAAUGCUGAUCCGACUUUUCCACUUGGUAAUAUGAACCAAACUAGAAAAUUGUUUGAUUUUAGAAAUCACAAAAAUUUUAAUGUGUCGGCAAAUUUUGAUCAACGCUCGAUUUACACUGAAGGAAAUUACAUCCAAAACAAGGGUGCUGCUUCUUUGGGACUUGAUUUAAACAUCCCACGAUAUUUUCCCAAGAAAAAAAUUUUUCCCAAAACACCACACAUAGAUCGUGUUCAAAAAUCACCCUAUUUUGUGAAAAAAAACACACUACCUGUGCCGAAGAAACCAGUUAUUAACAAUGAAACACCAACAAUGUCUAGAUGUAGAACACCUCCAAGAAAACACGAUUUAAAUUUUCCUGAAGUGACUUUCAUUAAAAAAAAUAACACCAAAAAGCGUCUCAAUGAAUCGAGUAUUAGCAGAUAUUUCACACCGAAAAAGAUCAAAAGUUGUACAAAAUUGCAAUUUUUAGACAACAAACAAAAGGAUUUAAAAAAUGCGUCUUUAGAUGAAUCUAAAGAUUUAUUCCAGUUUACUAAAUCAACUCGACCCGAUUUUGAAAGCGACCUUGUCAGCACUGAAGUGGAAGAAUAUCAAGGAAGAGAAAAUAAAUAUGACAAUGAAAUAACGGAAGAUAUCAUAGCCCCUACUGUUACUCAAGCUGAGGGAAAAUGGGUUGAAGAAAUCAACAAUUGCACUAAUCACCCAAAAAACUCAAAAAUUGUCGACCCCAAAAAAGACUCUAGUUUUGAAAUAACUGAAAGAUUUGAAUUUGUACCAAAAGGAUUAUCACCUAUUUUGAAAAAUUACGGACACGUGGAUGAUAUGAGUCCCGAAUCUAAAGAGCAGUUGCAGAACGCUCUGAUACAGUCGUACGAAGACGAACUGCUUUUAAUCAAGUGGCAAAAUUACAUUAGCAACAAAGAUCCGAAAAAAUUCUUCGAAGAAAUUUACCUAGAAAAAUCUAAACUGAUCGAAAAUUCGAUUCCUAACAUCACCAAGUGUGCCAGACACAGAGGUUUUGAAAACAUGAGUUUCACUAAAAGCAUAUUCAAAAAUUUGGAAGUCAUUGGACAAGUAGACAAUAAGUUUAUAGCAGCUUUGGAGAAAACAAAGAAUUUAGUGUUAUUGUUUGAUCAACACGCUGUUCAUGAGAGAGUGCGGUUGGAAGAACUUUCAGAAAGUUAUAAAAGCACGUCUACAAAACUCGAUCAACAGAUUACCAUUUUCCUUCCACACAAUGAACUUACUUUACUAAAACGACAAAAGGUUAAUCUUAGUGCUUUAGGUUUAGGUUUGGAUUUUUUCACUCACGGUAUAACAAUUUCCGAAGUACCGUUGUGUGUUUAUAAUAAGUCUAAAAAAGGAGUGGACGUAGUUUGCCUCACCGAAACUCUAAUUAAAGAAAUUAUAGAAACUUUAAAACUAAAUAACGGAAUUAUUGUAAGCACUCCAAAAAUUAUCCAAAAUAUUGUCAACUCAGAAGCUUGCCGAGGUGCUAUAAAAUUCGGCGAUUUAUUAUCACGGAAUGAGUGCAUUAUGCACCUUAAAAAAUUGACAGGUUGUAAUUUACCUUUCCAGUGUGCCCAUGGACGACCUACUCUUACUCCACUAAUAAAUCUUAAUAAAUCCAGUGAUUCCUUUAGUUUAAAAGCACAUUUGUGCAAUUUGAAGUAGAUUUUUGUUCUAUAUAAAACACCUUUAUAGUACUUUCUGGUUACUG